UUUAGUUGAGUGGUGAAGACAGUAGUACAUGACCACCAACCUAUGCAGCCAACAUGAUCAAAAAGCCAACAAAAACGCAAAGAAAGAAAGACAGCAAGCUUUGUGUGUUGUGUUUUUCUCUGCACACAACACACAGAUCUAACCAACAUCAACAUGGGGUGACUCAAAAACAAAAACUAAAAACCACACAAUAAAAGAAAACAAAAACAAAAACAAAUAAAGAAGAUAAAGCAGCUGAACUUGUUCAUCGCCGCCACUGGAAAUCACAACCCAAUACCUCAAAAGUUUCAAUUUUUGUUUUCUUUUGUUUUUGGGGGGUAAUUUUGUAAUUAUUCAGGCACAUCAGAUUUUUAUUUUUCUUUCUUCCCAUUAAAUUUUGGAAAUUGGGAACAAACUCAUCAGGUAGAAGAAACUGUGUUGUGUUGUGUUGACUUUGUGGUCAAAACACACAAAUUGCUGUGUGGUUCUGGUUUUGAUUCACACAAUCUUCCAAAGGAUUGAGUUCCUUGCAGCUGCAUCAGAAGACGAAAAGGCCGGUUUGAUUGUUUCGUCGUGAUGGCGACUCUAGCUCAUGCGAAUUCUAGGAGAAUGUAUUCAUGGUGGUGGGACAGCCACAUAAGCCCAAAGAAUUCAAAAUGGCUCCAAGAAAAUCUGACUGACAUGGAUGUCAAGGUGAAGCAAAUGAUUAAGCUUAUUGAAGAAGAUGCUGAUUCAUUUGCACGGAGAGCAGAAAUGUAUUAUAAAAAACGGCCAGAGCUUAUGAAAUUGGUCGAAGAGUUUUAUCGGGCUUAUCGGGCAUUGGCUGAAAGAUAUGACCAUGCAACUGGAGUGAUCCGCCAUGCACAUCGAACAAUGUCCGAAGCAUUUCCUAAUCAAGUUCCAAUGAUGCUGACAGAUGAUUUACCAGAGACUGAGCCACGCACACCGGAUUCGCGGCACCCUUCGCGUGCAUUCGACCUCAAUGGAGCUAAUACUGAAGAUCAUGAUUCUUCUAUAAACAAAACAGGUUUAAAACACCUCAAUGAUCUUUCUAUCCCCAGAGAACAUGAAAAUUUUUCGAAGUUUCCAGAAGGAAAUGCUAGAAGGGGUCUCGAUUUUCAUGACUCACAAGAGGAUGGUGGAGGGCUAAACAAUGGAAGCCACGAUGAAAAAACUCGAGCCUUGUCAGAAUCUGAACGGGUGACAAAAACUGAGACAGAAAUUUUGGCCUUAAAGAAAGCCAUUGCUAAAUUAGAAGAUGAAAAGGAAGCUGGUUUGCUUCAGUAUCAGCAGAGUUUGGAGAGAUUAUCUAAUCUUGAAUCAGAAGUUUCUUCUGCACAAGAGAAUUCUCGGAAACUUGAUGAGCGAGCAAGUAAAGCUGAAGCUGAAGUUCAAGCCUUGAAGGAAGCCCUCAAAGAAUUACAAGAUGAAAGGGAAGCUAGUCUUCUUCGGUAUCAGGAAUGCUUGGAGAAAAUAUCUAAUCUGGAGAAUAAUAUUUCUUUUGCUCAAAAGGAUGCAGGAGAACUCAAUGAACGAGCUGCUAAAGCGGAAACAGAAGUCGAGUCUCUAAAGCAGGACCUUGCUAGAGUUGAAGCUGAAAAGGAAGCUGCCCUUGUUCAAUAUCAACAGUGUCUGGAGACAUUAUCGAAAUUGGAGGAGAGGUUAAAAGAAGCUGAGGAAAAUGCAAGAAGAAUUACUGAGCAGGCUAAUGCAGCUGAACAUGAAAUCGAGGCGAUGAAGUUAGAAAUUGCCAAACUCACUGAAGAGAAGGAAGAUGCUGCUUUGCGUUAUCAGCAAUGCUUGGAGAUAAUUUCCAGUUUGGAGCAUAAACUCUCUUGUGCUGAAGAGGAAAUGCGUAGGCUACAUUCCCAGAUAAAUGAAGGGAUUGAAAAGUUACGCAAUUCCGAAGAGAAGUGUCUUCUCUUGGAGACAUCAAAUCACACUCUGCAUUCUGAAUUGCAGUCUUUAGCCCAAAAGAUGGGAUCUCAAAAUGAAGAACUAAGUGAGAAGCAGAAAGAGUUGGGGAAAAUUUGGAGUUGCUUACAAGAGGAGAGGCUGCGGUUCAUUGAGGCCGAAACUGCAUUCCAAACUCUUCAGGAUUUGCAUGCCCAAUCUCAGGAAGAGCUUAGAUCUCUUGCUGCCGACCUUCACGGUAAGGCUGAAAAACUGGAGAAUGUGGAAUCACAGAAGCAGGCUUUACAGGAUGAAGUACACAGGGUCAAUGAGGAAAACAAGAUUCUAAAUGAGCUCAAAAUUUCUUCAUCUCUAUCUAUGCAGAAUUUGCAGGAUGAGAUAUUGAAACUCAGGGAGACUAUAGAGAAAGUGGAGCAGGAGGUUGAGCUGCGAGUUGAUGAAAGAAAUGCUCUUCAGCAAGAAAUUUACUGUCUUAAGGAGGAGCUUAAUGAUAUGAAUAAAAGACAUGAAACUCUGAUGGUCGAAGUGAGGUCAACGGGCUUUGAUCCAGAGUGUUUCGGGUCGUCUGUGAAAGAAUUACAAGAUGAGAACACGAAGUUGAAGGAGACGGUUGAGAUAGAGAGCGUCAGAGGAAAGGUAAAGGCGUUGGAAGAAACAUGCGAAUCUUUGCUUGCGGAGAAAUCAAUGCUUCUUGCCGAGAAGGCCGCCUUAUUUUCCCAGUUACAAACAACUUCUGAAAAUCUGGAGAAUCUCUCAGAAAAGAACAAACUUUUAGAAAAUUCACUGUUUGAUGUGAAUGCUGAACUUGAAGGAUUAAAGGUAAAGUCGACGACCUUAGAAGACACGUGCAAGUUACUUGACAAUGAGAAGUCCAGUGUCAUCUCUGAGAAAGAAACCUUACUUUCACAGUGGAACAUCACACAGCAAACACUGCAAGAUCUUGAAAAACAGCACAGUGAAUUGGAGAUGCAGCAUUUGGAAUUAAAAGGAGAGAGAGAGUCUGCACUGAAAAAGGUAGAAGAGUUACUGGUUUCCCUAUAUUCCGUGAGGGAAGAGCAUUCCAGAGUCACUAAGUUGAGUGAAAAUGAAUUGGCUGAGAAGCAAUCACAAAUUCAUGCUCUACAAGAAGAUGCAGAUCUCCAGAAGAAGGAGUAUGAGGAGGAACUGGACAGAGCAAUGCAUGCUCAAAUAGAAAUUUUUAUCUUGCAGAAAAGUAUUCAGGAUUUGGGGAACAAGAACUUUUCCCUUCUAAUUGAGAGUCAGAGGCUUUUGGAGGCAUCGAAGUUGUCCGAGAGAAUGAUAUCUAAACUGGAGACCGAAAAUGUUCGGAAACAGGUUGAUGUGGAUUCUUUGUCUGAGAAAAUCAGAAUACUAAGAAUUGGGCUGCUUCAGGUACUGAAAACUCUCAACACUGAUGGCGAACAUUUGCGUGAAGAUACGCAUGAAGAAGAUCAGAUGCUUCUAAACCGUAUACAUCAAAAGCUUCAAGAUGCAAAUGAUUCCUUUGACACAGUUUUCAGUGAAAGCCAGCAAGUGGCUGUUGAGAAUUCGGUUCUGGUUAUGUUCCUUGGGGAAAUGAAACAAAAGUUAGAGAAUCUUGUGACAGAAAGAGAUGCACUCGACGAGGAAUUCAAGAUCCAGUCGAAGCAGUUCUUGGCAUUGCAAAUCGAGGUCCAGAAGAUAUUGGAGAAGAAUCAGGAGUUGAAGUCGACAAUAUACAAGGGAGAAGAGAGAAUGGAAAUAAUGACAUCCGAAAUAGAGAAUCUGCGAAAACAGGUGGCAGACUUGGAAGAGGGAAACAAAUUCUUGAAUGAAGAAAAUAGCAAAAUAUUUGAAGAGAAAAAGUCCUUGACAGGAAGAUUUCUAGAUCUUGGCGAAGAGAAAAGUAAGUUGGAAGAAGAAAUGUGUUUUGUGAUCCGCGAGAUAAUAGCUCAGUCUAAUAUUUCUGUGAUCUACGAGAACAUUAUCUUCGAGAAACUUAUGCAACUUAAAGAACUAGAUGAAGAUCAUCAGAAGCUUUGUUCGAUAAACAAUGACCUUGAAGAGAGAUUGAAACUAAUGGUGGGAAAAUUAGAGCAUUCAGAAUUGGAAAAUUCACAUCUCAAAGACUUAUUUGUGAAGUCAAAUGUUGAAUUGAAGUUAGUUGAAUCUGUCAAUGAUCAAUUAAGUUGUGAGAUUACAAAUGAAAAGGAAUUGCUCUCCAGAAAGGAAAAUGAGCUUUUGGAAGCAGCCACACUGUUUAAUGCUUUGCUGGCUGAGAAAACAGAAUUGCAUAGAAUGGUGGAAGAUCUGAAGUUUAAGUAUGAUGAGGCGACGGGGAUACUUAAAGACCAGGCAAAUCAAAUUCUGAAAUUAUCCUCGGAUAAGGAUCGCCAAACCGAAGAGCUCGAACACCUUUGCGAAGUGAAUCAGAAGUUGGAGAAUGAAAUGAGGCACCUGCAUCAACAACUUGGUGAAACUAAGUUGAGAGAAAAGGAGUUGAGUUAUGAGGUGCAGAAGGGAACGGACGAGAUUGAAGAAUGGGAAACUCGGGCUACAACACUCUAUGCUGAACUGCAAAUUUCUUCUGUCAUUGAAACAUUGUUUGAAGGGAAGGUCUGUGAACUAUCCGAUGUGUGCGAGAAUCUUGAACGCAAAAACCACUCUAAAGAACUGGAAAGCGAGCAGCUGAAGGAAAGAGUUAGCCAGUUGGAAGGCGAAAAUGGAAGACUGCAUGGUCAGUUAGCUGCUUAUGUCCCGGCAGUUGCCGCUUUAACCGAUAGUGUAACAUCUCUGGAAAUGCAGACUGUUACAAAUCGAAAACCUCAUGACCAUGAAGAAUCUAAGGUUCAAAAGAUGUUGGUAGAUCAUGAAAACACUGAAAGUGGUCAACAAACAAGUGAAGAUCGGACUGUCGUGGCACCGGAUGCACUCGCAGACCUGCAGAGGAGGAUCCUGGCAAUUGAAACAGCAGUGAAGCUGAUAAAUGAAAGCAGGCAUGCUUCUCAAGCGAAUGAAGCGAAUGAGAAUUGGAAUGGAGGCGCUUCAGACCUGAGAACAGGGAAAUCCAGGCCAGAUGUUCCUGUAACCGAGAUUGAAGUUCUGCCAAAAGACAUCAUGCUUGAUCAAAUCUCUGAGUGUUCAUCAUAUGGGAUAAGUAGGAGAGAUACACCUGAGGCUGAUGAUAAGAUGCUCGGCUUAUGGGAAAGUGCCAAUACACCGAAUUUCACGGAUGAACCGGGUGGCUACAAUCGAAGAGGAGCAACCAAGGAUUCGAAAAGUAAGCAUCCUUCGUCGGAGUCUUUGGUGGAAAAGGAGUUGAGUGUGGACAAAUUAGAGAUCUCGAGACGAAUGAAGCUGGCACACGAGGAAGGCAACAAGAGCAAAGUUCUAGAAAGGCUUGAUUCCGAUGCGCAGAAGUUGAUAAACCUUCAAAUAACCAUACAAGAUUUGAUGAAGAAGAUGGAGAUUACUGAGAAAAGCGCAAAGGGAAAAGGUGUUGACUAUGAAGCUGCGAAAGGACAACUUGAAGCUGCUCAAGAGACCGUCACGAAGCUGUCCGAUGCCAACAGUAAGCUGACAAAGAAUGUCAAAGAAGGUACAUUGUCUUCCGGCAGGAAGGACUCGGCAGACUUGGACGAGAGCGGAAGCGUCGGCAAAGAGAGAGGAGUCUUGGAACAGGCACGGCGAGGAUCCGAAAAAAUAGGACAACUGCAGCUAGAGGUUCAAAGACUGCAGUUUCUGCUUCUGAAACUUGAUGGUGGAAAAGAAAACAAGGAGAAAGCAAGAUUCAUGGAUCGAAGUCCUCGAGUACUUUUGCGCGAUUAUCUCUACGGCGGCGCAAGAAACAACCAGCAGAAGAAGAAGAAGAAAGGUUUUUGUGCAUGUGUGAGACCUCCAACCAAAGGAGAUUGAGUUAGCAAAACCAUUUUCUCGGCAUAUUUUUAGCAUAGUAUUAUUUCAAAUAACAUGAGACAUUACAUUUAGCUUUCUUGUUUGUAAAGUUUCCUUUUUUAUAUAGAUGGUAUAAAUGAUCCUUACAUGUUUUGAUCCUUUUGUACAUUUUGUGCCUCAUAUAUUCAUAAGAAGAGGCUAAGAUGGAAUUUUCACCAUUUUGUUUUUCUA